AUGGACACACAAUCACUUAAUACUAGUACAUUAAUCUCUCAUAAAGUUGGUAUCGACAAACGUGAUGUUGGUACUCCUGAUGAUUGGAUUCCUCGUCAUCCUGAAAUGAUAAGACUAACAGGAAAACAUCCUUUUAACGCGGAAGCGCCAUUAUCUCUUCUAAUGGAACAAGGUUUUAUUACACCAAACCCCUUACACUACGUGAGAAAUCAUGGUCCUGUUCCUAAACUCCAGUGGGAUACACAUCGUUUAACUAUUAACGGCCUCCCUUACAAGGAAUUUCCCGUGACCCUUUGUUGCGCUGGAAACCGAAGAAAAGAACAGAACAUGAUCAAACAAACUAAGGGAUUUAAUUGGGGAGCAGCAGCUACAAGCUGUGCGAUCUGGAAAGGAGUCCCAUUAAGUCAUCUUUUAAAAUUAGCUGGAGUUGAUGAAAAAACUGAUAAGCCUCGUUACGUAUGCUUUGCAGGUUGUGAUAAAUUACCCAAUGGUUAUUAUGGUACAAGUAUUCCUUUGGAAUGGGCAAUGAACGAUGCUAACGAUGUCAUCUUGGCAUACGGAAUGAAUGGUGAAAGAUUACCUCCUGAUCAUGGUUAUCCAUUACGUGCUAUUAUUCCUGGAUGCAUUGGCGGUCGAAUGGUUAAAUGGCUUGAAAGUAUAACAGUAUCCGACAAAGAAUCAGAUAGUUAUUAUCAUUAUUUUGAUAACCGUGUUCUUCCUCCAGAGUAUGAUAUGGACCGAGCAAAUAAAGAAAAAAUUUGGUAUAACCCAGAUUACAUUAUCAAUAAACUUAAUAUUAAUUCAGCUAUAACUUCACCGGCACACAAUGAACGUAUUUCAUUGUCAAGCUUUGUUAGUACAAAAGAAUAUACAAUUAAGGGGUAUGCAUACACUGGAGGUGGUCAUAAGCUUACCCGCGUAGAAAUUUCUUUAGAUCAUGGAAAAACAUGGCAACUCACAAAAUUGACACAACCAGAACUUGAACAUCCAGAAGUUCUAAAGAGAGGAGUAAAUCCUAUUCCACGAUAUUGGUGCUGGAGUUUUUGGUCAAUAUCUAUCCCACUUUAUUCAUUUAUUCGAUGUGAAGAAAUUUCA